AUGGCCGAAGUCAGACCUGCUUUAAAGAGCGUCCUUAUAAAUGGAGGAACUGGUUUCGUCGGCUCAGCUCUCACUAGAGUGCUCUCAGAAAAGCAUCCUGAAUGUGUCAUUACUGUCAUAGACCUCCACCAGCCUGGUCCCGUCCAUCUGAUUCCAGAUGAUGUUCUGUUCAUUCGGGUCGACAUCACCAAUCCCGCCGAAGUUUCCAAGGCAAUGCAGCAAGUCCAGCCAGACAUUGUGAUCCACACCGCUGGGGUUAUUCCAGCUGUCAGUGAGCGUUUCUCACGGAGAUUAGAAGAUGAUCUUCGGAAGAUUAUUGUCGAUGGCACCAAAAAUAUGCUCAAAGCCGCCAAGUCGACAAAGGUCAAGGGAUUCGUUUAUACCGGUACAUGCCGUAUUAUAACAAAUGACAUGGACAGAUCUCACCCAAACAUUGAUGAGCCAUGGCCCAUUCCGCAUUCCUCCCUCAUAUACGGCGAGUCUAAGGUUGCAUCCACAUCGCACGCUCAUGGCUGCCUGUUCCCUUCGACCUUUCGUGCUCUGCGGACCUGGCGACUAUCAGCUAGUGCCUGCGAUACAUGCAAUGCAUUGCAGAAAAAAGAGACUCCCUUUGUCGUCGGGAGCGGGCUAAAUCUAUGGGAUAUCACCUAUGUCAUAAAUGUCGCAGACGCUCAUGUUCUAGCCGCCAAGAACUUGAUGACCUCCAAGACUGCCGCUGGUGAGGCCUUUUUCAUUCAGAGUAAUGAGCCCAUCACCUUUCGGGACUUCUGCCUGGCAAUAUGGGCUCAUUUCGGUCAUGUUUCGUCGUUUGAGAUCCAUGUCCCUAGAGCAUUGGCCUACCUUGUCAGGUUGAUGUCCGAGUACUGGACAUGGAUGUCUGGUACCGCAGCGACCUUGAGCCGUGGGAGUGUGAAAGAUGCAUGCUCGACCCGGUAA